AUGGGGCAGAAUCCACGGCCCGGUGUCGGUAUUCAACGCACCACGGUAACGAAGAACGUAGGAAUAACCAAAGACUCUGUGCCAGCUUCGCCCUCGGUACGCAGCUUGAAGGGAAUGAUAUCGCGAACAUCGUGUGCAAGACGAGAUGAAGCUCGAAACAAGUCCCAUUCACUACCACGUUGUGACCUUGUAUGGCUCGCUGUUCGGCGCGCUGCUCACCGACAAACGACUCGAGCCGGAGAACCCACCAGGCUUCGUCAGGAGACUGCUCGGGAGGGGCGGGCGGACGAUCACAGACUGUGUAUACUCGAGCAGAACUUUGCACAGUCUGGAUGGUGCGGCGGUGACGAACUUGCGUCCAUCAAAAGAGAGCGUUUCAAGAUCAACGGGAAGUGGGCCGCAAAGAUCAUCUACUACCAAAAAUUGGUGAUUUGA